AUGGCCGACUUCGACAUAGAAAAGGAGCCGAAUGUGAAUCCGGCAUCCAAGGGUGAGAAUGCGUCAGGAGCCGAUGAUUCUGACGCACUCAGGCUGGCCGAGAUGGGAUACACACAGGAUUUGCAGCGCAAUUUCUCAAUACUUUCACUUGUUGGUAUUGCGUUUUGUAUGUCUAAUUCCUGGUUCGGUAUCUCUGCAUCCUUGAUCACUGGUAUCAGUUCUGGAGGCACGGUCCUUAUCGUCUAUGGGUUGAUCUGGAUCGGCUUCAUUUCGACCUGUGUGGGAGCCUCGCUUUCCGAACUAGCCAGUUCCAUGCCCAAUGCCGGUGGUCAAUAUUUCUGGGCCAACGAACUUGCGCCUAAGAAAUACGCACGAUUCGCAUCCUAUUUCACCGGCUGGUUUGGGUAUGCUGGUGCUAUCUUCGCCUGUGCUAGUGUCGCGCUCAGCCUUGGGUCCGCUGGAGUAGGAAUGUGGCAACUUGGCCAUCCCGAAUUUGUCCCGGAGCCAUGGCAUACUGUGGUGGCUUAUCAGCUCAUUAAUUUUUUUUGUUAUCUCUUCAACUGCUGGGGUAAAACGCUGCCUGCAGUUGCAAAGGUCACCCUUUACAUCUCUCUACUAUCCUUCUUCGUGAUUCUGGUUACGGUGCCCGCCUGUGCCAAGACUCAUGCCAGUGGAGCAUAUGUGUUCGGCCAUUUCGUCAAUUCCACUGGAUGGAAGUCGGACGGUAUGGCUUUCAUUGUUGGGUUGAUCAAUCCAAACUGGAUCUUUGCCUGUUUGGACUCUGCGACCCACCUCGCGGAGGAGGUACCGCAGCCUGAGAAAAACAUCCCCAUCGCUAUUAUGGCCACGGUUGGCAUUGGUUUCGUCACCUCUUGGUUCUACUGUAUUUCCAUGUUCUUCAGUCUGAAUGACCUGAGCAAGCUCCUGAAUACAGCCACUGGUGUUCCUAUCUUGGAGCUUUACUACCAAGCUCUUGACAAUGUGCCGGGCGCCAUUGUGUUGGAGACCUUGCUGCUCGUUACCGGGAUGGGAUGUCUGAUUGCGUGCCACACUUGGCAGUCUCGCCUCUGCUGGGCUUUUGCUCGUGACCGUGGUAUCCCUGGACACAAGUGGCUCUCUCAGGUGAACCACACUCUCGAUGUGCCCCUGAACGCCCACAAUGCCAGUAGCUUCAUCGUUGGUGUUCUCGGACUGCUCUAUCUCGGCUCCUCUACCGCUUUCAACAGUAUGGUGACGGCCUGUAUCACCUUGCUGUAUAUCUCGUACUCCUGUCCCAUUCUGUGCCUCUGGUAUCGAGGCCGUGACAACAUCAAGCACGGCCCCUUCUGGCUUGGAAAGUGGGGUGCCUUCGCCAACAUUGUCACCGUGCUAUGGACCAUCUUCUGUCUUGUUAUGUACUCCUUCCCAUCAACUAUGCCGGUGAACACAGGCAACAUGAACUAUGUCUCGGCCGUAUAUGGUGUGGUGAUUUUCAUUGUUCUUUGCGAUUGGUUCAUUCGCGGUAGACGCGUAUAUAAGGGCAGUGUCAGCGCCAUGGAAGGCCAUGGCGCGUCUGAGGACUCUGAGUAA